UGCUUCACAGUCCUUCUGAAUCAUAAAGUGAGUUCUGACUGAGGUUCCAGGUGAUGUAGUAAACAUUCCACACAGGGAGCUCUACCAUCAAGUCAGGGGAACGCACACCACCGCUCUCAUCACUAUCCCCACUACUUCUGCCACGGCCAUCACGUUCACCUCUACCUCCACCAUCACUACUCAAGUUGGAGAAAUAGAGGGAAAGGGGAUAAAGGGAGGGCAAAGGAAGGUAAUUCCAAAGGAACAUGAGCGCCAAUAAUGCUUUAAGGGUGUUUUGGAAAUCAAGAGAAUGGAAUAUGAAAACAUCAACAUUUGAUUCAUAUGUGGAUAUUUCACUUUUACCCAAAAGAAAACGUUUUAGAAAGAAAAAGCCAAGACCAGUGAGACACACCAAACGCCAUGAAGAGGAGCAGGUCUAUGAGCAAGCGACCACAUUACCCUGUUCCAUAUGCAAGCACGAAAUUGACUUAACUGGUAUUUUUCUCCAUAAGAAGCAACAUGUAGCUCUGGCCACGCUGGGUUUCCAGUGGAUGGGUGGAAAGAAACCACAGCCCUCAGUGAUUACUGUUCAGAGACAGUUCAUGAUUUCUAAACUAUUGUCAUCUUUUAUGUUCACUGAAAAAACCCUACAGAGCAUUAAUAAUGCUUUUGAGCUGCUUUGGAAAAAAAAAAUACCAGCAUACUAUAAGAUUUUUGAUAACAUUGACAGGAGUGUCAUAUAUUCUCAAAAAAUACGUCAUCUAUUAAUUAAAGGAGUGGGCAUUUGUGAAGACAGGAAUUCUACAUGGAAAGCUGACAUGAAUGAUAAAUUCACUGUAGUGAGUAAUUUUGGUAAUAAACCUAAUGUGUGUUUUUUCGGUUUGUUCGAUGGACAUCAUGGUGCCUCAGCGGCAGAGUUGACAUCCAUGGAACUCCCAGUUUUACUCCUCCAUCAGCUUUCCAAAUUUGAUCCUUCUUACCAAAUGACAACUGAUGAGCAACAAAUAAUCAAUUCCUUUUACACUGUGUUUAGAGAAGAAUACACAGCAAUAGAAGAUCUCUUUUCUGCCAUAAACAAAACAGAAGCAGUGAGGCGUGAGUAUGAGGACAUACACAAAGCCUUUGCAAAAGCAUUUUGGAGAAUGGAUAGGCUUUUACGUCUUGGAAGAAAAGAAGUGUCUAGGGUUCAAUGGAGUGGCUGCUCUGCAGUUACUUGUAUAUUGGAAGGCAAACCUAAAAGUCCUUAUGUUCAUAAAAAUUGGAAAAGAAGAAACAACCAUGAUGGAUCGGCAGAGAGCUCCACUUCCCAGGAGAUGCCACAAAUAUUUCCUGGAAUAUUACAUGUUGCAAACACUGGUAAUGUGCAAGCAGUCUUGUGCAGAAAUGGGAAAGGUUUUUGCCUAACCAAAGAACAUACUACACGAAACACAAACGAAAGAAGAAGACUACUUCAGAAUGGAACAGUCAUUAGUUCAAAUGAACCAUACGGGCUUGUAGAAGGGCAAGUAAAAACUACACGAGGACUUGGAUUUCAUGGAAAUCUCAAGCUGAAAAAGUCCAUUAUCCCAGCACCUCAAACUAUUUCUGUCCCUAUAGAUGACCUAUGUCAAUUCCUUAUUUUAGCUACUAAGGGACUUUGGGAAGUUUUGGAUAAAGAGGAAGUCACUGCCCUGGCAAUGACAACAUUUCACAUGUAUAAAGAAACAUACUGUUCUAUCAUACCUAAAAAAUCUUCACCAUCCAAAGGGCCUCUGCUUUUUUCAACCAUUGAACCAAACCUUACUAAAUCACAAAGUAAUAUCCACGUAUUGUUUCAGUAUAAAUCUGUAUCUGAAGGAUGUGUGUCAACUACAGAUUCCAAAGAAAAUUUGUCCGAUUCAAACUAUUCUAAAUACUGCAUUUAUAACCCUGAGAAUGUAGAAACAUUUCCAGCAGAAACGACUCAUCAUAAAUCUUGCAGUGAAAAAGUAACUGACAGACCAACUAGUGUCAAUGGUGUGGCAACAAAUGAAAAAGAAUCAGGCACUAAGAGUUUCUAUGAAGGUGCAGCUGAGUACGUUAGCCGUGAACUUGUAAAUGCUGCUUUACUGGCUGGCUCCAGAGACAACAUUACAGUUAUGGUAAUAUUUCUCAAUGGAAGUGAGUAUCAGCUUCUGACAUAAAAAAUAAAAGUUCCAAUUAUCCAGAGCACCAAAAUAUAAUACCAUAAAGCAAUUCUUCAAUGAUCCAGAUAUUAGGACGAUUCAUCAAUAACAUGCAAUUUUAUGAACACAGUAAAGAAAAUAUAAAAGCGGAUAUUAGGUCAUAUAAUUUAUAUA